AUGAUUGACUCAUUGUUCGAUAUAACACUCCAUCUUGACAACAAGUACUCUUUAUAUCAUUCACAACACAUCACUACGAUCAUACUACAAGGUAAAGAUGAUCCCACCGGUGAUCCAGUACCCUGGUCCACCAUCGAACGAUCAUUCCCAACAAAAUCACUGGAACACAAGAAGAACGAUAUCAAUGCACUGUUUCAAUCACUCACCGCUCGACCUCAUAGCACUGUCACUGUGGCAGUCAGACAUGUGUUUGCAGGACAGGUGGCUCAACUGAUUGAGAACUAUUCACUUGAUCCACAAUCAAUCGACUCACUGGUGAUCAACAUUCGGCUCCCUGAAGCAUUCCAGAGUAUGGUUGUGCGACUUCCAACCAACAACCAAGUCAAGACCCUUGACCUCUGGGUUUUGAAUUCAUAUUGCUGUAUUAUGACAUUUGACUACGUUGGGGACCAUUCUCAAUUGUAUUGCAAUGAGUUGAUUGAACGCUGUACCAACAUGACAUCACUCAGGAUCAAUGAUAAAUGUAGCAGUAGUCACACCGGAUACUCAGUGUACGUCGUUGGCGAAUCACAACAAUUCUUUGGCACGCUUGAUAAAUUGCCACACCUAGUGUCACUCUCAAUUGGAUUCGAUUCAUCUUGUGGACAUGAUUACGAAGAUCCACUCGAGGAUGAGGACCAUCAAUCAUUUCUUGCCGAACUCGUCUCAUUCAUGCGACAUAGAUCAUCAUUCCUCACACUAUCACUGCGCAAUUACCUAAAGAUACUGAUUCGUAUGGCAAUGAUGACGAUGGCGACGAGCCCAAGUCUGAGUAUCUGCCCAUCAUUGACUACCUGUUCACCGAUGUCACUUGUCCUGUGCGGCACCUUACACUUUGGCUCUCGGGCGCCAAGUUGCCCAUUCUACAGAGACGAAUCAACACACUGGUGUUGA